AGUGUUCUGAAUCCUGUAUCGUGUUUUUACUGACGCGCUGGGGCGAGUACAAUCCACUGAUCAGCGUAUACCAGAUAGUGAGAAUCCUUAUAUGGUCCUUCGAGCUAGAGAGGAAAACUUCCUAACAUUCGGUCUAUCAAGCCGGAUAGGAAAAACUUCCUAACAAGUUGUAUAAAUAAAAAGUUCUUCAGACUGACAGGCUGCAGUGAUGUGUGUGCUGAAGCUCAGACUCGUGUUCACCUGCCUCACCGUGCUGCACAUGUGCUCCAGCUCACCGGCCGAAAGAUGUGGGGUACUGGAGCAGUGUGUGAAGGUGAACUCCAGCAAAAGUGCUGACCUGGUGAAUGUGACUCUGUAUUAUGAGUCUCUGUGUCCUGACUGUCAGGUGUUCCUGGCGAUUCAGCUCAUGCCGACCUUCAUCAUGCUGAGAGACAUCAUUACUUUGGAGCUUGUCCCGUUCGGCAAUGCAGAGGAAAAGCAGGUGGGAGACAAGUAUGAGUUCACCUGUCAGCACGGACCAGACGAGUGUCUGGGGAACAUGAUCGAGACGUGCAUGCUGAAUAAACUGAGAUUGGCUGCAUAUCCGGUGAUUUACUGCAUGGAAGCAGCUGUUGAUGUGGUGAAGGCGGCCGAAUCUUGUCUCGCCCUGUUCAGCCCCGAGACCAAAUUUGGAGACAUCAUGUCGUGUGUGAACGGUGACGAGGGAAAUCAGUUAAUGCAUCAGAACGCCAAGAAAACCGCAUCUUUACAGCCACCGCAUCAAUACGUGCCGUGGAUCACCAUCAACGGAGAGCACACUGAGGAACUGCAGAAUAAAGCGAUGAACUCACUCUUCCUACUCGUCUGCAGCCUCUACAAGGGUGAUGCUCCUCCAGCAUGCUCUCUAGGACAGAAGGGGGUGAAGAUGAGUUACUGCUGAACAAAAGUUGUACUGUGACUGUAAUCCUGAAUGAAUAAAUCAAUAAAGGAAUGUACACAUGG